GUCUGUCACGCCGAUCGGGUCGAGACACAAAAGCUAUGCGUACAACUACGGGAGGUCAAGAAAACACUUAACAGUCACAUAUGUUGCAUAAUGUAUGAUAAAUUUAACUAACAGAUGUAAUAUUGCAACCGUUGUAUCAACUUUUAUAAAACCUGUACAAAUUAGGUAUUGCCCCUUCCUUGAUGUCCAUCCUUAAUGUGCCGUAGAUUGCGUACUUCGUCGGUCGCCAUUUUCAACCGUUCUCGUUUGUCAGGCCCCUUUGGUGCCACCCAGCUGUGGCACAACAUCAUCCAAGCUCUGCACAGCCAAGUGGAGGUGCGCCGCCGGCGGAGGCACCUGCGCACCCACACCAAUAGCUUCACAGGCUCGGACGCUGUCGACGCCGUCCUUAGCUACCUGAUGCAGAACACAAACAUUUACGCUACUGACGUCUCCCGUCUCAAAGCCGCCCGACUAUGCCAGGCCCUGAUGGAGGCCAAGGUGUUUGAGCCGGUGGGCGCCAAGCUCUUUCGCCGCGACAAGGACGAGGCGUUCGAAGACAACAGCGGAAGCCUUUACCGUUUCCUGGAUUCUAAAUCUGAUAUGACGCAGAUUGGCAGCAAAGAUGUAGAAAACCAAAGAAAAGAUUUUGGGAUGAAGAAGAGCAAGCGGGCCAAGUUGAACGACAUGCUCACGAUCUCCAAUCCUUUGGCUGUUGGACCAUCUGACAAGAAGGUGGAAACGCUGCUCAGGUCCUUCAACCUGCCGCCUUCAGCCGCAACAGCCUCGACCUUUCUUCCCAAAACUGCGGUGGAGGAGGUGUGGAAGCAGCAGACGUUGCUGCAGCUGCUGCAGAUUGUCGAGCUGCCCAUGCUGGACUGCAUCCUGGCUUCACCAGCCAGGAGUGGGAGAGUGCCUCUGGCCAAUCAAGACCUGGUUAUUCCCAAUACCUACCUGGAGCGAGAGCUGCCAGACACCCUUCAUCUACCUCAUUGGGACGGGUGGCUGUCUGCAGCCGUGGACUGCCUCGAGCUGUUCCCAGACCAGCUGAUAGUGGUCGCUGGGGAGCAACUCCAAUGGCAAGAUGGCGCAGAGCAACCAGCAAGCCAAAAUAGAGUCCUGUUUGACAUCAUCGCCAAGUACUACAGUGGACGGGAAAAGGCUCCGAUUCUGUCAGGACGCUACCUUGACGUACAUGUUGCCAUUCUCAAGCUGCUGGAAGAAGCCAAGGUGCAUGACGCCAUUAAAGCUUCUCAGCUGUGUCUACGUCUCCUGCAGACGAGCUCACGGGACGAGCUCAGGCGUCUUUUAGCCUUCAUGGCGGCGGCGGCUCGCCCGCACGCCUGUCGCCUCCAAAAACAGAGAGAUAACCGCACAGUGAUCAGCCGCACUUUUCUGAAGGCUAUCGUCCAUAAUGCUGAAUUGACAAAAUCCCAGAGCGAGACCUUGGUGCUGUUUCUCAUGGACAACCACAAAGACCUCUUUAAGACUCCUACAUCCCUCAUUGAAGCUGUCCGCAGGACACUGCGGAUCAUGCGGGACGGCAAAGAUGCAGACUCCAUCGCCACGUUCAACUUCUGCCAUCAGGUGACGCCACAGCAGUACCAGGAGCAGCGCGAAGCCGCCACGCUGGAUAGUCUCCAGCGUCUCCUGCGGGACAUCUCCAUCAGCAGCAUGCCUGCCAAGGAGAAGAGGAGGAUCCUCAAGGAGUUUGAGAGGCAUCACCCAGCAGUCUUCCUCCAACAUCUCGCAAGCACUUUCUAAAAACAACACGACUGGACUUGGUACUUUAUGGCUCUUAUUAUAUCAAUAUUUUGAGA